GGUGGGGUUUGGAGAGCGGAGGGAGUUAAUGAUUUACCAGAGGCCCGUUUCACAAUUUCCCAAGGGUCAGCUUGCCUGGAGCACGCACAAGCGCGGUCCUCCCUGCUCCUCUCCCCUUGGCAGCUUCGACCCGGAAGGCCCCCCAGGCAGCCUGCGGCAUGAUCUCCAUCACCGAAUGGCAGAAAAUUGGUGUGGGCACCACCGGCUUCGGAAUCUUCUUCAUCCUCUUUGGAAUACUCCUGUACUUUGAUUCGGUGCUCCUGGCCUUCGGAAACCUUCUAUUCCUGACUGGCCUCUUGCUCAUCAUCGGCCUGAGGAAGACCUUUUCCUUCUUCUUCCAGAGGCACAAGCUCAAAGGGACCAGCUUCUUCCUGGGGGGUGUGGCCAUUGUGCUCCUGCGCUGGCCCCUCCUGGGCAUGUUCCUGGAAACCUAUGGAUUCCUUAGCCUCUUCAAGGGCUUUUUUCCUGUCGUCUUUGGCUUCCUGGGCAAUGCCUCUGACAUCCCCUUCCUGAGUGCGCUGUUCCGGAGGCUUCAAGGCACCAGCUCAAUGGUCUGAACAGCAGAGACGAGCUCCUUGAACUUGGAUCAUUGGUUGAGGGGGCUGGAAAGGAAGUGGGGGCUGCCUCCACCCUGCAGUGACUCAUCUCCCCAUCAUCCCCAGCCCUCUCCAAGUCCAGAAGGAAGAACAGAGUUGAAUGACUGACCUCAGAUUCCAAGUCAACUCAAAAGGCUGUUGACAUGGCUGCGGACAGAGAUCCGGGGCCCCACCGCGAUCAGACUGGGGCUGGUAUUACAUCCUGCCCUGUAUUUAUGGGAGGAGAGCGAAGAUUAAAUCCCCAGGCUGUGAGUGUGUCUGAGACUCAGAGUCACUGUCUCUAGCCUGUCAAGUCCAGUCCCUGACUCAGGGCAGGCCGACACAUACAGCAUUCCACUGGGCGAGGGGCAGGCCUGCUCUCGUAGCCUAUCAUUUUUAUCCUUGUGCCUAAUGCCUACUGCUAACAGGGGUCU